AUGGGGCCGUUUCCUGUGACCGUUGAACCGUCCGUCAACUCCAAAGAUGACUCCGAGCCUCGAGUCCAAAUCAACGAGCUGCCGACCUUGGAUCAAACCCGAAGUGGAGGCCAUGCGCCAUCCAAUCUACGACGUGCCAACACGGUAGCACAAGGAGGCAAUAUCAAGCGGAAUUUGGAAUUGAAGGCCACUCGAGACAGGACGGCGACCACGGGGCUGCGUGCCAAGGAUAGCCAUGAAUUGUUACGGAAAGCCCCGUUGCAACGGUCCCAGACGCAGCGCGGCCCGCUCGAGGCGCGUCCGGCCCCGCGCAAAGCAGGUCAUUUUACGGUUGGAAGUGUCGGCCAGAAUGGCAAGAUCUUUCUCAGGCCGAUUGCCAAUCCGCCGCAGAAAGCCUCCCCAAUAGUCCCCUUCCCCUCCGUUGAUCAAGUGACAAGUGACCGUCUUCAGCCGCAAAAACACGCCCAUAUCCGAGAUGACCCUUCACGCUGGUCAAGCUCGCAACUUUCUGAACUGCGCCCUCGCAACGGUCCCGACGAAGAGUACGAGUCGGUUGUUUCCGACUCUAUACGGCCCGAGUCCGUCAGAAACACCCAUCACAGAGCGAACUCGUUCUCGACGAUAUCAGAACAGCAGUCGGUGUCCGGCGUGGGGAAACGUGGCGAGCUGCGCAUUGUGAUUGAUAGAUCUGAGGACCGGCCCAAGCCCUCAAAUGGGAAAUCGGGUAACACCACGCUGGAGGUUCCUAUCCCGCACUACCGGCUCGGUACACCGCGAUUCAACACCGAAGGCAGUGCGGCCCUGCACAGUUCCGUCUACACGCGGACAUCAAUGUCCGAUAAUUUCCGCAAUUCGAGCUUCCUGGGUAGCAUGGCAGACCCUUUUCCGACCCAUCUCGCGAGCCCGUACUGCAGAGACUCUUUCUCUCGUCACCGGCCGUCCUUUGCGGUAUCCAUGUUUUCGGGGACCGCGGCCAUUGAUCUCAGUCGAGCCUCGCCAAUACCCAGAAACUCCGUGGUAUAUGAACUGAACGGACCGGUGGAACCGUCUAUUUAUGAACGCUUGGUUUCGGACAUGGACCGUGAAGCCGUCGUGCGGUAUAUUCCCGGCACUAAAGACGUCAGUGCUGCUACGCCCGCGCGGAUUGUUGCGCAAAUAUCUUCAGAGUCGUUCAUGGACUACGAGUUGGUGUCGGACUUCUUCCUCACCUUCCGCUCUUAUCUUUCACCAAGCCAUUUGCUAGCCCUGCUUCUUGCACGCCUACGGUGGGCGAUUAAUAGGCUACAGGAUGAUGGCCGCAUCAUUCGUAUUCGAACGUUUGCAGCUCUUCGUCAUUGGAUUCUGAACUACUUUGUUGACGAUUUUAUCACGAACUAUGAUCUCCGGUCCCACUUUUGUGAAACCAUCAACGUUCUAUAUGAAGACGUCAAAUCCCGGGAGAACGGUGGCAUGAGUGACUUGAAAAUUCUGCUCGAUUUGAAGCGGUGCUGGAACGGAAAGUGUUCGGUCUAUUGGACGUCACCCGAGCUCGCUCGUGCAUAUAACGAUCCAGACAGUCCCAUUGAGCCUGGAAGCGUACAAAUUGAACUGCCUAAAGAGGAUACAAACCAGCAAAGCCCGGCUGGCACGCUCCCUCAUACAGACGCCAAUCUCCGUGACAGUCUGCCCAGUUCCACGCAACAUGAUCGGAAGGAAUCUGCUGCGACUGUUCAGAGCAUACCUUUCUCCACCAAAAGCGAUCAAAGCUUGCUGGCCUUGUCUUGCUCUCUGCCUCCUAAAUCUCCAAAACGCUAUUCCAAUCCAUAUUCCAAGAGCAAGGGACCGCGGCCGGUGCAACUAGGACUCAGCAAAUCUACAUCUCCACAUGAACCUCCUCCCACGUCGCCGAAGCUUUCGCGGCACCCAUAUCAUGGUCACGGACAUAAGAGGAGCGGCAGUUUCUCCGAUUCGGUGCGAGAUGACCGGGUGCCCAUGUUUGGUAUGGAACUUGGUUCUGGGGGUGCUAGAAUGCCGGAAAUACUGGACCCUGUCAGUUUCAUUCGCGGAGCGCUCUACCCUCCUGCGGAAACUUAUAUGACAAUGAUGGCCCCCGACUCGCCUCCUUUGGCCCCACCCUCGAACUCCUCAAAUCCAGACCGUCGAAGUAGCUCGGAUGGUGGACCCAAGCCAGCCCCGCCGAAUUCAGGCGUUAGGACAAUCAUUGGUUCGAUCAAGCGUGCACUUCACACCAGAAAUGGCGGCCAUAGUGUUUCUGCUCGGAUUGCGAAUGCCUCUGAGGCUAUCUCAUUGCCGUCCCGCGGAAAGACCUCUGCCAUGCCCAACAAUGUUGCUCUGGGAUCUGAGUUUUACCGAGAGAGAAAGAUGGCCGCUGUGCCUAAACGGCCUGCUCGGAUCGAUGUUCUCUGCGACGAGGCUUUGAAGCAUUACCGCCAAGCCAUGAACAAUAACGAGACUGGGCAAAGCACCCAGCCGCCAGUCCGUACCUCCGGGCCCCAGGCAGAUUUGGAGGAGUCUGCCCCCAAUGUGAUAGACUCAUCAUCGCUGCAUCCACCCAGGACCACCGAGUCAAAGAUAAAGAGUGGCCUGACUACUGGAAGUGGCUCCAUUGUCAUCGUGGAUGAUACAGGGUUCGAUUUUAUGCCAACGAUGUCUGGGGGUUUGUCAGAACCCCCGCCAAAUACCAUGGAUCAUGACCCUCGACCUAAUUUUGACAGCAACGUUCUCUCGGGCCCUCUCUCCCAUGCUUCGUCUCAAGGAAAAGAAGGAUAUCUACUUCCGAUAUAUUACAAUGGCCAUGGAUCGGACCCCACCAUCCAGCAUCCAAAUUUAUUGCACAUCCCCCAUCCUGCUUCGACAAGAAGAUCAUACUCCAAUGAACGCCAGUCAAUACCUCGCAAGAGCGCCUCACUCUCCCUCCGCCUCCGAAAGUAUGCCUCUUUCCAGAGUGGAAUAGCUAGGCACCGCCUUUCAAUGGGAAGCGAGGCAGGAACAUCUGUGGCUGGAUCGAGGACCGCGCAAGACUUACCGGGACAAAUAUCCGGUCCACCACUGCGCAGACGCCCUGGUGGGAACCUGCGGCAAAUUCAAUAUGCAGAUGACAUUGAACCGGGCUCCGAUCGCGGGUCAUUCGCUUCAUACGAUGACUCUCUGUUAGAGACUGUGACUACAACCGAGGAUACUGCGUCGAGACCCCAGACCACCUUGAUUCCUCCAAACCCUCGCUAUUCUCUUGUUCAACCAAAUCAGAUUCGGAAUGUCAGGCGAUCUUUCGAAUCCGCUCUUGCUCGUUUCGCGCAGAUUCCCGAUGAUGACGAUGGAGGAAUUGAAUCCACGCUGCUGAAGCUCGAGGGCAAGUGGCCAUCUGAUGGUGAUAGAGAGGCAGAAUCUCGUCAGACUCCUAAUUCUCACGGGAAAUAUGGAGCACAUCGUGAAAUACCUGUUGCUGGAGUUGGAUCCGAAAAGGCCAAGGACUAUGUGAACCCGGACGUUCUAGCUCGGAGACACCAGACAGACAAAUCGGCUUACUCCACCGUGGGGGGUCGGCUCGCGCCACCCAGACCCUACUCUGACUCCGUUGCGGAAUCUGAGGAGUCUUACAAUUCCGUCCCUCUUCUGGAGCGUGGGUUAACCGAUGAGUCGAUGAAGCGACCGGCAACGAACCGUGGACCCAAUGCCGGUAUUUAUGGGGCACCUCUCAGUCUCAUCUCCAGCCGAGACACGUCCGAGCUAGCAUCCUCACAUCCUUCUAUUCAUAUUGUGCAUGAGACCGAAAGCAUGCGGCGUAUUCCUCGAGGUGCAACGGCCCCUGAGUCGGCGCAGUGGGUCGAUGGGCAAAAUACCCCCAAGCGCUUGUCAGCCAUCUCUAUUAAUAUGAUAGAUCCGCGCGAAGCCAUAGCUGGCCGCAUAUCUACUGAUACUCGCAGUCUGACUGCGUCGACUGUCGAUAUCCCGCCUCAUCCUCUGGCGCACCCUCCCUCCCCUCCCAUGACCAUUCAACACCCAGGAUCCUUCGGCUCCUGUGCCUCGCCGAUAGACAAGGUCCUGUUCCAGGCAAACCCUCUUACUCCUGAUACCUCCCCCAGACGCCGGGAUGCGGAAACUGCCGGCACAGGGCCAAGGGACGUCCCGAAUUUCUCGAGCAAUGUACUUGCUAAUUCCGAGAAUCAGCGACAAAUCCCGAACACAAUCGAUACUACUGGCCCUGACCAUGUUCCAUUCAUCCUUGCGUGUGAAUCCCAAGUUCUUGCUCAGCAACUGACAUUGGUUGAGAUGGCUGCCUUGAGUGAAGUGGAUUGGCGCGACCUGGUCGAGAUGAAGUGGAACAGCGGCCCCCAGCGCGUUGUUAGUUGGGCUCAGUUCCUUAAUGCCGAGGAACGUAAAGGCAUCGAUCUCGUCGUUGGCCGCUUCAAUCUUAUGGUGAAAUGGGUUGUGUCCGAGAUUGUCUUGACUCGGGACAUCCAUGAACGGACACGCACAGUCGUCAAAUUCAUUCACACGGCAGCGCAUGCCCGUCGUCUCUGCAACUACGCCACGAUGCUUCAAAUUGUGAUUGCCCUGUCUUCGUCCGAUUGCUCCCGGUUAGAACGGACUUGGGCACUGGUUCCUCUGGAACACAAACGUCUAUUCAAGGACAUGGAGUGCUUGAUUCAGCCGGUGCGCAACUUCAAUGACCUUCGUAUCGAGAUGGAGACAGCCAGCUUGCAGGAAGGCUGCAUUCCCUUCAUUGGUCUGUACGUGCACGACCUCACCUACAAUGCCCAGAAACCCGCACAGAUUCAAAGCAGCGAGGGAGGAAUGCUGGUUAACUUUGAACGCUACCGCACUGCUGCCCGCAUCGUUAAGAGCCUGCUCCGUCUGAUCGAUGCCAGCACAAAGUACCGAUUCGAGCCCGUGCAAGGUAUCAUCGAACGCUGUUUGUGGAUUGCAUCCCUUUCCGAGGAUGAGAUUCAAGCUCGAAGCAAGCGGCUUGAGUGAUUUUGCAGCUCUGAUUAAACUUUGUCUUUUGUUUUUUUC